UAUUAAAUGGGAACCUAAUUUGCUAUGUAAAGUUCCAUCCAAAACACAAUAAAAUAUUAAAAAAAAAAUAAAGAAAUAAGAAAUGCACAAACAGCAGGCGCUAACCAGAGUCUUUUAUUAGACUUAUGAUUCAGGAGAACUGUGGAGUUCAGUGUCUUAAAAAUGAAACUAGGUUUCUGGAGUGGACAGAGGAAAAGCACCUUAUGGUGUUUGUGGUUCUAUUUCUCCAAGGCUUUGAAGGUUAUAAUUAGUUGCUACUGAACCACAUGGCUGUGGUCCUUCACAGCUUUAUUUCUGGUCUGCAGUUCUUCAGUCAGAGGAAAAGUUAGAUUCCAGGCAAGGCCUGUACAUUUUAAUUUGGACACUUCUGGAUAUAACUGGGACUUUGACUUGAGGACCAUAUUUACACUCCUGGGCCACGCAAGCUUAAUGAGCAGUGUUCGCCAGGCUGACCUGGGCAAGGGUUGAUGGUGGCAGAGUUUUGAGAAUGCUGGGAAACAUCAAGGACGCCUCCUCUCUCCAAUGACAUCUGAGCAGUGAGUUGGAAGGCCAUAUGAUGAAGCUCUGGUUUGUCUCUUUUCACGUUGACAGGAGAGAAACCAAGGCAUAAUGGAUCCUGGAAUUCUGAGCACAGAGAGUGUAUAAGCAAAUGAUAUAAAUUAAAAUUGGUAUUCUCAAGAUUGAGAAAGAGCAGCCUGUGUCCAUAAUUUCCUUUUCCCAAUUCCCAGGUGCAUAUUCCAAAUCUUCAGCAAGAUGUCUGGAUAGUCUUUAAAUAUGUCUUCAAGAGUCUGUCAAAUGCUGACAAUGGGAUUUCCCACGAAAGCCCCACAUUUUGAAAUCCCAAAACUGUAAUUACAAACCGAACAAACCAGGAACUGAUAGGUCAGUACUGAAGAGUAAUAAAUAAUUAGAAUGAUCUAGGGGUUUCAUGUUAGGAGGACCAGUCACAUUAGGUGGUAGAUUCUUCAUUUCAGGAUUAAUCCACAUUCAUUUAGUAGGGCAUCAUCAUGAGUAAUUAGUUUAGAGUCUUGUUAUCUGAAGCCUGUUUGACCUUGAGGGGCCUGGAAAUAAUGCCUGUUGGGGGCAAGGAGAUGAGGGGCUUGUUUGAUUUGUAGAUUCAUCUCAUGACCUUUUGAAAUAGCAUUUCUUUUUAGCUAGUUCAGAAGCUUCCUCUUCUGCUUUUGAUUUUGCUGAUUUGGUAAGAAAAAAAAAAAACGCUAAUCUCAUUAUCACAGUAUUUUUAAAUAAAGUUAAGUAGACAAGAGAUGGAGGCUUUUAACUUUAAAUUAUCAUUUUGUAGCAGAUCAUUGUUUUAGCCUCUUUAGGGUUGCUCUUCUUCUGGGUCGAUGAAGGAGUCGAAUAUAUAGAGCUGAUUUCUCAUCUUUUUCUCCUCGUUGCUGGUUUCUCAGAGGAUUGCCAUCUGCUGCACAAACAUACUCUACGGUUGAUGGAUGGGUCAUCCUCAAGUCCAGCUCUCUUUGUCUCUGUCCUUCCCUACCCCCUUUUUUCCCUCCCACUCUCGCUUCUUGUAUGUGUAUACAUCCACGAUCUCAUAAAUACAUCAAGUUUUUGUUUCUUUUGAUUGUUUAGGCCAUGCUGGCCAAUUUCUGGCUGCUUCUGUUAGCAUCUUCAGGAGAAAUGUGUACACAAAGGCAAAAUGGCUGUCAAAGUAGGCUUACAUCCUCAUGUCAGUACUUGGUGAAAACAUCAAAUUGAAGACCAUUUAGCUGUACCUGACGCUGGUUCUCAUAGCAGCCUGGAGAUUAACCUCUUGUAAGGCUCUGAGCUAUUUUUGAGGUAGAGACUGCAACAACAUUAAAGCUAGAACCCAUUAGGAAAUGACUUUCAUCAUGUCUUCUUUUUCCAAAUCAGUGGCUUUUUUUUUUUUUUUUUUCUGAUCUCAGAACCCUUUAAUCUCCUUUGUAGCAGAACAAGGAGACUGUUGAUUUGUGUUUCAUGAAUUGAAGUUAGUUAGCCUCCUCGAUAAUGGCUUUGGAAGAUACAAAGAUAUUAGAGAACUGCACAGAGAUGGAUUUCAUUUCUGGGUGUAUGAUUUAACGCUGAAGGUGCUCUGCUUUCCUUGCACAGAACCGUAAUUUUUGUUGAUGUUGUGCAAACUAGGCUCAAACUUUCCAAAAGACACACAGCAGAAAGCCUUUUGUUGCAUUAUUUCUAAAGGCUUGAAGUUUUGAAGGGAAGAGAUUUUGUUUUCCUCUCGGCUACACAAUGGAGCUUUCAGAGAACCUCUCUUAAAAGGAAUAGCUACAGCCUUUGUGUUGAAGGGUGUGUCUGUUGGCAGGGUCUGCUGAUGCAGACAGACUGGCUGGUGAUUAACAAAGGUCAUUAGACUUUGGAAUCUGGCAAGCAAAGUCGGAUGGUAUGUCUUCUGUGUGGAAGGACGACUCCCAAGAAGCCAAGGCAUUCUGGAGGUCCCCCUACCCCACCCCUAAAUCCUGCUGUAGAACAGGGUCUGGUCCAGGGCCGUCCCGCUCUAACCAGUGCUUUGCUGAACUAACGAACAAGCAUAUCAAUCAUGGAAUAAAAGAACCUUCGGAGAUCUUGGUGAAUGACAUUUGAGGAGGAGAAAGGUGCUGCUUUUCGGAAAGCAAUGAAAACAGUUCAUUCUUUGUUGAGAAGAGAAGAGCAUAGGAGGAGCCCAGCCUGCUCUUCUCACAUUCAUUUCUGAUUGUCAGCCUAGCAGAAUCCAAGAGAGGCCAUGUUGUGCACGGAGGAGAAGCUCUGAGCUAAAAUGGCUGCUCCUAAAGCUCAGAGGACUAGGGCAGCUUAGUGAGUCUUAGAGCUUCAGUGACGCAGGAGCUCGUAUCUCUUGAAAGUGUGAUAAACACAUUCAGCAAAGCUGUGGCUUGUUUGGCUGAGAUGAAAGGACUAAGCUGGGGGGAUGGGGAGUACACACUGGAUGAUCUGCUUUUUUCUCUAAAGUGUUCUAAAUGCAGGAGUCGUCUGCACCAUGGAAAAAUUUGUUUUCAGGUCUAAUGGACUGUGCGAAAGGAGAAGUGGGGUGGGGCCUCCGUGACUGCUGUAAUUUGAUCCAGAGCUGAUAGCAACCUCUUCCACAUGAUUUGGGUUGGUGCUUAGACAUAAAACCUUGUGUAUCUGGAAUAUUGAGACUUAGCUGAAAAGACUCUGGUGCACAGUUGAAUGUUUAUUGAAAAAGGAUAAAUUGCUGUAUGAAAGAAGAGUAGGUAAAUAUCCAUCUCUCAUUCAGCAAGCUCAGUCUGUCCAGAGCUGGACUUGCCAGAUGUUACUUCAGCAGGCUAUCAGGAGGAGCAUUCUUUCAUAGAAAAUCCUCAUGCAAGAGCCACUUUCACUGCAUUGACACACUUACUGAACUUUGCUCCUUCUGUAGAAAUAAUUUAUCUUUUAUAAUAGGAGCAUAGCCAGUUGCAUCAUAAAAUAGAUUUGGCUACAGCUUUAGUUCUUGGACAUCUGGUUCUAGAUUACAAUGAUUCAGUAGAGUGAAUUUGUGGUGAGCUUAAUGAAGUAACUCAUUAAGAUAAUAUCUGUAUAUAUGUAGUAAGAUAGAAAGAACUACACCUUUCCAGUACAUUCUUAACUUCUUAAUUGUGGCACUCUCCACUGAAUUAGUGUGCAGCUUUCUGUGUAUUUCAGUUGCACAGUAAAUAGCAGAAUGAAGAUAGUUGGGCAAGUUUUGUUUUGUUCCACACCAGGCUCGCUACUCUUUGUGUCCAAGUGUAUACUAGACAUUUGUAAAAGAGAGAAGAGGAAAACGAUGAAGUCAUGACUUAGAAGCCCCUCUUCAAAACAGCAAGUUUUUGUUGCCUUAAUGUAAACUGAAGCACCAGAGUGCAACUUUUAAUUAGAAGCUGGAUUGUUACCUAAAAUGGGUUGUUUGAGAAUCUCAUGAGAAAUAAUUUAUGACCUAAUUAGAUGGGAGAAGCAUCAGGUUAUAACUGGUGGGUAGUAAAAGGGUAAAUAACCAUUUAGCUCAUGAGAAAAAAAUGACUAAAUGGUUUGGGGAAGGAAGGAAGGUAGUGUACCCCAAUAUCAGUUAGAUAUUAAGAUAACACAAAAAUGUAAUGAUAUUCAACCCGCUAAUGAAGAUCGAAUAGAGUGCCUUUUUUUCUGUAUGGACAUCCACUUUACUUCUAAGUCCAAGGCAAAACCAAAGGCAGUAUUAACUUACUAAGAAAUUUGAAUUCUCUUGAGAAAUUCAGAAACUACUAAAACUUUUGAAGGAUUAAGAAUUUUCUUGACAAAUGGCAUUUGAAGAUAUCUUUUUCAAGCUAGAAAAAAUUUCUUUUUUUUCCUUCUUUGAAGUUAUGAAGUCAAGGACAUCAUUUCUGUUAGGUCUGAUUGUCUCCAGUAUUCCAGUUGCCAUUCCUAUAGGAUUUUUUUUUCCCGUUAAUGGACUUGUGGCCCACCAGCUUGUGGUAUAUGAUUGGUCCACGUUCUUUAAGAUAGUGUGUUCUGACUCCUACCACAGGUUCCUAAUGUGAGAGGGUAAACCCAGAUCAUGGAGGUGCUUCAGUGUGAUGGCUGUGACUUCAGAGCUCCAUCUUAUGAAGAUCUCAAGGCACACAUUCAGGAUGUCCACACAGCAUUUCUGCAGCCGACUGAUGUUGCUGAGGACAGUGCUAACGAGCCACGAUCCGGGUCCAUGAAUGCCAGUAAUCAGACAGAGGUGGAGUUUUCUUCUAUAAAGGAUGAAUUUGUGAUUGCAGAGGAUUUAUCAGGUCAAAAUGCAACUGCAUUGGGGACUGGAAGUUACUAUGGCCACAGUUCAGGAUAUUACGGUCAGCAUAUUGCCCCUAAUCCCAAACCAACAAACAAGUUUUUUCAAUGCAAGUUCUGCGUACGCUACUUCAGGUCAAAAAACCUCCUCAUAGAACAUACUAGGAAGGUCCAUGGAGCUCAAGCUGAAGGGAGUUCAGCGGGACCCCCUGUUCCAGGAUCCUUAAAUUAUAAUAUCAUGAUGCACGAGGGAUUUGGAAAGGUCUUCUCUUGCCAGUUUUGCACGUACAAGUCACCAAGGAGGGCAAGGAUAAUUAAGCAUCAGAAGAUGUAUCACAAAAACAAUUUGAAGGAAUCGACUGCUCCCCCUCCUGCCCCUGCUCCAAUGCCAGACCCUGUGGUUCCACCAAUGUCCCUGCAGGACCCCUGCAAAGAACUGCCCGCAGAGGUUGUGGAGCGCAGCAUCUUAGAAUCCAUGGUCAAGCCUUUGACCAAGUCUCGAGGCAACUUUUGUUGUGAGUGGUGCAGCUACCAGACACCCCGCCGAGAACGCUGGUGUGAUCACAUGAUGAAGAAACACCGCAGUAUGGUCAAGAUCCUUUCUAAUCUCAGACAGCAACAAGAAGGGACUAAUCUACCUGAAGUGCAGAACAAAAGUGCCCCCAGCCCCCCUUCCAACUCCACCUAUCUGUCCAUGAAUGCUGCAAGCCGGGAGAUACCCAACACUAAUGUCUCCAACUUCAGGGGCUCCAUCGGAAACUCCAUCAUGAGACCCAAUUCUUCUUCAUCUUCCAAGUUUUCUCCCAUGUCUUAUCCUCAGAUGAAGCCGAAGUCACCUCACAAUUCUGGCUUAGUUAACUUGGCAGAAAGAUCGCGUUACGGAAUGUCUGACAUGACAAAUUCUUCUACUGACCUGGAAACUAACAGCAUGCUAAAUGACUCUAGUUCUGAUGAAGAGUUAAAUGAAAUAGACAGUGAGAAUGGUUUAAAUUCUAUGGAUCACCAGACAUCAGGUAUGUCUGCAGAGCAGCUGAUGGGCUCAGAUGGCAACAAAUUAUUGGAAACCAAGGGAAUACCGUUUAGAAGAUUCAUGAAUAGGUUCCAGUGCCCCUUUUGUCCUUUCCUCACCAUGCAUCGACGUAGCAUCUCUCGUCACAUUGAGAACAUCCACUUAUCUGGAAAGACAGCUGUCUACAAAUGUGACGAAUGUCCGUUUACUUGUAAGAGCUCAUUAAAACUUGGGGCUCACAAACAGUGUCACACGGGUACAACAUCAGAUUGGGAUGCUGUGAAUUCCCAGAGUGAAAGCAUUUCUUCCUCAUUGAAUGAAGGUGUGAUGUCUUAUGAGAGCUCAAGCAUCAAUGGUAGAAAGUCAGGAGUCAUUUUGGAUCCCUUGCAACAGCAACAGCCACCACAGCCACCGCCGCCACCACCGCAACCACAACCACAGCCUUCGCAGCAGCCACAGCCAUCACAGCUACAGCCACCACAUCAACUGCCACCCCAGCCGCAACCCCAGCCGCCACCAACACAGCAGCCACAGCCAUCCACGCAAGCCCCACCCCUGCACCCUUACAAAUGCACCAUGUGUAAUUACUCCACCAUGACUCUGAAAGGGCUAAGAGUCCAUCAGCAGCACAAGCACUCGUUCUGUGACAACUUGCCAAAAUUCGAGGCACAGCCCUCAAGCCUAUCAUUGGAAAGUGAGACAGACAGCCACCCCUCUUCCAGCAACACUGUGAAGAAAAGUCAGACCUCAAUUCUUGGGUUGUCCUCCAAGAACAAUUUUCUAGCUAAGGCCCCUAGGAAGCUUGCUAACGACUUUCCUCUUGAUUUAUCACCAGUGAAGAAGAGGACUAGAAUUGACGAGAUAGCAAGCAACCUGCAGAGCAAAAUUAACCAAACCAAACAGCAGGAAGAUGCAGUGAUCAAUGUCGAGGAUGACGAGGAGGAAGAGGAAGACAACGAAGUGGAGAUAGAGGUUGAAUUGGACCGGGAAGAAGAGCCAACAGAACCAGUCAUGGAAGUUCCCAGUUCCUUUUCGGCCCAACAGAUUUGGGCGAGAGAUGCCAACGAGCCCCAAAGGGAACCCAACUUCAGAAAUGUCAGCCAUGAUUACAACACCACCAAUGGGGCUGAGAUUGAGCUCACCCUUUCUGAAGAUGAAGAGGAUUAUUAUGGCUCCUCAACAAACAUGAAAGAUCACCAAGUUUCCAAUACUGCUCUGCUGAACAGCCAACCUCCUAUCUAUGGAACUGAGCACAAUAAUGAAAAUACAGACUAUAGUGACUCUGGAAGGCUUUACUAUUGCAAACACUGUGACUUUAACAACAAGUCUGCUCGGAGUGUCAGCACCCACUACCAGCGAAUGCACCCAUACAUUAAGUUCAGCUUUAGGUACAUCUUGGACCCUAACGAUCACAGUGCAGUGUACAGGUGCCUGGAAUGUUACAUCGAUUACACCAACUUUGAAGAUCUCCAGCAGCAUUACGGCGAACACCACCCAGAAGCCAUGAAUGUACUCAACUUUGAUCAUUCGGAUCUGAUCUACCGGUGUCGGUUUUGUUCGUACACGAGCCCGAAUGUGAGAAGCCUGAUGCCACAUUACCAAAGAAUGCAUCCCACAGUUAAGAUUAACAAUGCGAUGAUAUUUUCAAGCUAUGUCGUGGAGCAGCAGGAAGGGCUGAAUACUGAAUCCCAGACUCUGAGGGAGAUUCUGAACUCAGCUCCCAAGAGCAUGGCGACUUCCACCCCUGUGGCACGUGGUGGCGGCAUGCCGGCUACAUUUAGUAAAAACACUCCUUCAAAGACGUUUACUCCAGAAUGUGAAAAUCAGAAAGACCCUUCGGUUAACACCGUUGUCGUUUACGAUUGUGACGUUUGCUCAUUUGCAAGCCCCAACAUGCACUCUGUCUUGGUUCAUUAUCAGAAGAAACACCCUGAAGAAAAGGCCUCCUACUUUAGGAUCCAGAAAACCAUGCGAAUGGUGUCUGUGGACAGGGGAUCUGCCCUUUCUCAAUUGUCAUUUGAGGUGGGUGCUCCAAUGUCUCCCAAAAUGUCCAACAUGGGUUCCCCACCCCCCCCACAACCCCCACCACCAGAUCUCAGUACUGAGCUUUACUACUGCAAACACUGUUCCUACAGCAAUCGGUCAGUAGUGGGAGUGCUUGUCCACUACCAGAAAAGACACCCAGAAAUAAAGGUUACUGCCAAAUAUAUCAGACAGGCUCCUCCCACAGCCGCAAUGAUGAGAGGGGCCGAGGGGCCCCAAGGCUCCCCUCGGCCACCCGCCCCCAUACAACAGCUGAACCGCAGUAGCUCUGAGAGAGAUGCCCCCCCUGUGGAGACCGAGAUGUUCUUCUGCCAGCACUGUGAUUACGGGAACCGGACGGUCAAAGGUGUACUCAUUCAUUAUCAGAAGAAGCACCGAGACUUCAAGGCCAAUGCAGACGUGAUCCGGCAGCACACAGCCACCAUCCGAAGCCUCUGCGAUCGGAACCAGAAGAAGUCAGCCAGCUGCGUGCUUGUCUCCCCAUCUAAUGUGGAGCGGGACAAAGCUAAACUCCGAGCGCUCAAAUGUAGGCAGUGCUCGUAUACCUCCCCCUAUUUCUAUGCACUGAGGAAGCAUAUCAAGAAAGACCACCCUUCCCUGAAGGCCACAGUCACGUCCAUCAUGCGGUGGGCUUUUCUAGAUGGUUUGAUAGAAGCUGGCUACCACUGUGAGUGGUGCAUCUAUUCUCACAUGGAGCCCAGUGGUUUGCUCCUGCAUUACCAGAGGAGGCAUCCAGAGCAUUACGUUGACUAUACAUACAUGGCUACCAAACUCUGGGCUGGGCCAGACCCAUCCCCUCCCUCUCUCACGAUGCCAGCUGAAGCCAAAACAUACCGAUGCAGGGACUGUGUUUUUGAAGCCUCCUCCAUCUGGGACAUCACAAAUCACUACCAAGCGUUCCACCCCUGGGCUAUGAAUGGUGAUGAGUCAGUGCUACUGGAUAUCAUCAAGGAGAAGGAUGCUAUUGAAAAGCCCAUCCCCCCGUCCGGAGAGUUGGGGGGCCCUUUGAGUUGUGAAAAUAACAUGCCCACCCCAAUCCCCGAGCAGGAGGCUGAGUGCCCAGAGGAUUCAAGACUCUCCCCAGAGAAAAGCAUCCAGCUCUCUUCUGCCAAUCCUGCCAUCUCCUCCACGCCAUACCAGUGCACGGUAUGCCAGUCUGAGUACAACAACUUGCAUGGUCUGCUCACCCAUUAUGGGAAGAAGCACCCUGGCAUGAAAGUGAAGGCUGCUGACUUUGCCCAGGACAUCGAUAUCAACCCAGGCGCUGUCUACAAAUGCAGGCACUGCCCUUAUAUCAACACCCGCAUUCAUGGCGUUUUGACCCACUACCAGAAGCGACACCCAUCCAUCAAGGUGACCGCUGAGGACUUUGUGCAUGACGUGGAGCAGUCUGCGGACGUAUCCCAGAAUGACGUGGAGGAGACGAGCAGGAUUUUCAAGCAAGGGUAUGGUGCCUACCGGUGCAAACUGUGUCCAUACACCCAUGGCACUUUAGAGAAACUCAAAAUCCACUAUGAGAAGUAUCACAAUCAGCCCGAAUUUGAUGUCUUUUCUCAGUCACCCCCAAGGCUGCCAGUGUCCCUCGAGCCUGAGAUAACCACUGAAGUGAGCCCCUCCCAAGUCUCAGUGACCGAGGAGGAGGUGGGAGAGGAGCCUGUGUCCACGUCUCACUUCUCUACCUCGCACCUGGUCUCCCACACUGUGUUCCGGUGCCAGCUCUGCAAGUAUUUCUGCUCCACGAGGAAGGGGAUUGCCAGGCACUACCGCAUUAAGCACAACAAUGUCCGAGCCCAACCAGAGGGAAAGAACAACCUCUUCAAGUGCGCCCUGUGUGCCUACACCAACCCCAUCCGCAAAGGGCUGGCAGCCCACUACCAGAAGCGCCACGACAUUGAUGCCUAUUAUACCCACUGCCUGGCAGCCUCCAGGACCAUCAGCGACAAGCCCAACAAGGUGAUCAUCCCAUCCCCGCCCAAGGACGACUCCCCACAGCUGAGCGAGGAACUCCGGCGGGCAGUGGAGAAGAAAAAGUGCUCCCUGUGCUCCUUCCAGUCCUUCAGCAAGAAGGGCAUCGUGUCCCAUUACAUGAAGCGUCACCCAGGGGUGUUCCCAAAGAAGCAGCAUGCCAGCAAGUUGGGGGGCUACUUCACUGCCGUGUACGCUGAUGAGCAUGAGAGGCCGCUGCUGAUGGAGGAAGAGGAGAGAGGCAGCUUUGAGAAAGCCGAGGUGGAAGGCGAAGUUCAGGAAAUCGAGUGGCUGCCGUUUCGCUGCAUCAAAUGCUUCAAGCUCUCCUUCAGCACGGCAGAACUGCUGUGCAUGCAUUACACCGACCACCACAGCCGGGACCUCAAGAGGGACUUCGUCAUUCUGAGCAGCGGCCCCCGCUUCCAGAACUCCACCUACCAGUGCAAGCACUGUGAUAGCAAACUGCAAAGCACAGCGGAGCUGACCUCACACUUGAACAUUCACAAUGAGGAAUUCCAGAAGCGUGCCAAACGUCAGGAGAGGAGGAAACAGCUUUUGAGCAAGCAGAAAUAUGCAGAUGGUGCUUUUGCAGAUUUCAAACAAGAGAGGCCUUUUGGUCACUUAGAAGAGGUGCCAAAGAUCAAGGAGAGGAAAGUGGUGGGCUACAAGUGUAAAUUCUGUGUGGAAGUGCACCCAACGCUCCGAGCCAUCUGCAACCACCUCCGAAAGCACGUCCAGUACGGCAGCGUCCCGGCCGUGUCUGCGGCCGUGAAGGGGCUGCGUUCUCAUGAGAGGAGCCAUCUAGCCUUGGCCAUGUUUACCCGCGAGGACAAGUACAGCUGCCAGUAUUGCUCCUUUGUUUCUGCUUUCAGGCACAAUUUGGAUCGCCAUAUGCAAACCCACCACGGACACCAUAAACCAUUCCGAUGCAAACUCUGCUCCUUCAAGUCCUCCUAUAACAGCCGGCUGAAAACGCAUAUACUCAAAGCUCAUGCUGGUGAACAUGCCUACAAGUGUUCUUGGUGCUCAUUUUCCACCAUGACAAUCAGCCAGUUGAAAGAACACUCCCUCAAGGUCCACGGAAAAGCCCUGACCCUCCCCAGGCCACGAAUUGUCAGUCUCCUCUCCUCACAUGCCCACCACUCCUCUCAAAAAGCUACCCCGGCUGAAGAAGUGGAAGACUCCAAUGACUCGUCAUACUCAGAGCCCCCAGAUGUUCAGCAGCAGUUGAACCACUACCAGUCAGCUGCCCUGGCAAGGAACAACAGCCGUGUGAGCCCUGUGCCUCUUUCUGGGGCCACUGCUGGCACUGAGCAGAAAACUGAAGUCGUUCUUCACUGCGAAUUCUGUGAAUUCUCCUCUGGCUACAUCCAGAGUAUCAGACGCCAUUACCGGGACAAACAUGGCGGGAAGAAGCUCUUCAAGUGCAAAGAUUGCUCCUUUUACACAGGCUUUAAAUCUGCUUUUACUAUGCACGUGGAAGCUGGGCAUUCGGCGGUUCCUGAGGAGGGCCCCAAAGAUCUUCGCUGUCCUCUCUGCCUCUAUCACACCAAAUACAAACGCAACAUGAUCGACCACAUCGUGCUGCAUCGAGAAGAGAGAGUUGUCCCCAUUGAAGUGUGCCGUUCCAAACUGUCAAAAUACUUGCAGGGAGUAGUUUUCCGCUGUGAUAAGUGUACCUUCACCUGCUCCAGUGACGAGAGCCUCCAGCAACACAUAGAAAAGCACAAUGAACUGAAACCUUACAAAUGCCAGCUCUGCUACUAUGAGACCAAGCACACGGAGGAACUGGACAGCCACCUUCGCGAUGAGCAUAAGGUCAGCCGGAACUUUGAGCUGGUUGGACGGGUUAACUUGGAUCAGCUGGAACAGAUGAAGGAAAAAAUGGAGAGCUCCAGCAGUGAGGAUGAAGACAAGGAAGAAGAAAUGAACAGCAAGGCUGAAGACCGAGAUCUUAUGAGGUUUGCUGAUCAUGGGGCUGCUGUUAACACUGAGAAGCGUUUUCCGUGUGAAUUCUGUGGACGGGCGUUUUCACAGGGCUCCGAGUGGGAAAGGCAUGUGCUGAGGCACGGCAUGGCUUUGAAUGACACCAAGCAAGUGAGCAGAGAAGAAAUCCACGCAAAAGAGAGCUUGGAGAACAGUGUCAAGAUGCCCUCCACAGAAGAAAAGGAAGGUGACGAGGCAAUCGGGAUAAACUUUUCCCUAAAAAAUGAAACAGUAGCCAUCUGUGUGGUAGCUGCCGACAAAUCUCUCCUGGAGAAUGCAGAGGCCAAAAAAGAAUAAGUGUUUGGUGAAAUUCUUAAUCAAACCUUACUUGAACAGUGAUGAAAAUGUGGGUGGGCCAGCUUGGGCUGAGAAGGGAGGGACAGAAAAGAGAAGACAGAAACAAAGCUGCUUUUUAGGACUGAACAAUCUAUUUUCAAAGCACUGGUACCUUUGUGAAUGAGUAUGUAAAUUAAAGUUAUUUAAAUGGUUGGAAUAUGUGGCUCCUUUUCCAUCACUGCAUCUUUUCUUCCGGAUCUUUGUCGUGGAAGUUCCAUUUGUUUCGGAAUAUGGAAGCACCUCCCAUGCACACAGUGUACUCUGUGGUGGUCUUGGACAGAACGUGGAGGACAUACGCUCCAUGACCGUAGAAGACUUCUCAUAGGGGAACAACUUUCUGACGCACAACUUUCGGUGCGUUUUUCUAGUUUUAAUACCUUAAGCUUUUUCAAGACCUAACUGCAGCCGCUUUGGAAAAAAAACAAAAAUAGAAAACAAAAAACUGCUUUGCAUAAAACAGUCACCUGUUUCCUAGUACCUCAAAAUUAACCAAGGGAAUUCUCUGCAUUUGUCAGUACUACCUGUCGUCGUUGUGGUUAAAUGUAGAGAGAACUGCUGGGCAAGAUGGUGAAUGGAGAAAAAAAAAAAGAGUUUUAAAGAAAGGAACACAAAUUGUGCUUAAAAUCCCCAUGUGGGUUUUAUUUCUUAAAAUACUGUGAUUUUUUUAAUUAUUUUAGUAAAAAACAAAACAAAAAAAGAAACAGACUUUAAUUAUUAGAUAACUGUUUGUGAAUUGUCAUCCUUUAUUCCAGGUAAGCUGUUUAUUAGUGUUCAACUAUAAUUUAGAAUUUGGUAGAUUCAUGUGAGCUAAAUUUAAGGUGAUUGUGCAGUUUUGUUUGCCACGUGUUUAUUUUCUAUCAAUUUGAGUGUUACAAACACAGCACAAUUCAGUUUUUCAUAUAAAUUGUUUUUGUGUAUGUGUGUGUGUGUGUGCGUGUUGUUAUUGGUUGUUUUAAUUUGGGGGCAAGGGAGAUUUAGUUUUUUGUGAAUAGGAAUGUUUUUAUUUUAAACAUGAAAAUAACAAAGACGUUAACUUUUUUUUUUUUUUUAAUUUAACUAAAGAACCAAACUUUCGGCACAGCUAUGCAGCUUGUGGGCCAGACGAGGAGGUCCUCUUCACCCUUUUGUUGCUUGUCAAAUUAACACUAUCUGUCUCACACAAAUAAUUUCUGUUAGGAUGAGCUGGCUUUUGUGUAUGCAUUUAAAAUAUGUUCUGUUUUUGUUUGCAUUGUGUUUUGGGAGUUUUCUCAUUUAUUAGGGGGAAAAGGGCAUGUGCUAGAAUCCCAUCCCAUUGGUGAGAAUGGACAAGAAAUACUUGUAUCCUACAAGGAGCCUGGAGAACUACUUUUUUUUUUUUUUUUU